CCAGUCUCUCACCCCCCAAACUUAGAGUGAUGAGGCUUGUUACCAAUACGCCCGAUACACUACGGCGCGCCAACGUAGCAUUUCUGGCCCGUUAUUUGUCUUGGUAGGCGUCCCUAAUGGCUUUAGGUAUAGUCCAACUUGGUCGAGCUCGCCACAGGAAUCUGAUAUAUGGGGGAAGUCUCUUUCGUCUCACAUGCUAAGACUGAUCCAACGGAGUCAUCAUCGGCAUCACUGAUCACGGCGGCUGAACAAAUCACGUUUCGUCAGUCACUUACCGCCCCGAGCAACCCUCCGGGAAAGAAGACAACCUCAGUCCUCGCCCGUGGACGAGCAUCAACGUGGCAUGACCCGACCCCUCAAGCGCUCAUCGAGAGCCAACGCAUCUGCAUUCCGCCAUCUAACAGGACAUUGAUGGAGGGUUUUAAUAUGUGGACCAGCGAUCAUCGCACCCUUCGACAAACGACCUCGACUCGGCAACUGAGAUUCAGCACUUCUCAGCAUCUGGUCUCGCAGCCUCCAAACUCCAAACUCUGGGAUGGAAUACCGACGGCAUAUCAGCCAGUCGUACGACGAGAAGCUCGUCUCGUUCCAGGUUAUUAUUCCACAUCUCAUGGUCUGGCCAAUGUGCCCGGACCACCACCUCGUCCACGGACCGUUUCACCACGGCCGAUAUCUCAAGCAUUACACGGACCCGUGACGCCGACGCUUAGCCACCCUAAUCCAAAUACUUAUCGACGGAGAUCGGCCUUGGAUCUACGAAACAAUCCGUGGCAGGGCUCCGUUCGAUCGGAGAGAGUUGUAGAUGCAACAAAGUCGAUGAAGGUGGAGAUAGCCACGGCCCUUCCGCCCGAACAUCUAGAUCCGCCACCACCCUACUCGGAGUACAUGCCCCCGUAUGACUUCACUCGUCGACAUCGAUCCUCUAGCUAUCAUGCAUCGAUGACAGGGUCAGCUCAUCAAUACGUACCUUAUAACCCCGCGAGUUAUCAGGCCGUCAACACGUCUACGUUGCCCACAAUCGGCCGAACACUACCCCCAACUCCUAUAUCACCAAUCAACAGUCUUGACGCAGAAUAUUUGGCAUUGAGGAAAGCCAGACAGAGGCAACAUAGGCGGAGUAUGGGAGUGUGAUCACAUCAUCGGUGGAUCUAGAUGAGAGGGCGAUUCAUGACGCUGGAGGGG